AUGGACUCGACUCCCGCUUUCCAUGGACCAGCGACCGCUGAAUUGACCGAGACCUCUGGCCUGCGAAGGACUUGCUACUUCUGUCGAACCCAUGGGAUUCGCUGCUCAGGGCACUCUGUCUGCGACGCCUGUCGCGCCCACGACGUCGAGUGCGCCUACGAGGCUUAUGGUGGCGGCCGCCAGCCGGGCAAGCCUCCAUACAACCCGCCAAGGACCGAGAUCCUCAGCGGAUACGCCUCUCCGGGCCCCAGUCUCUCUUCUUCCACCACCACCCCGUCCGAGGCCUCGGGAGCCCCGAGACAGCUCUUCGAGGAGCUGGAGCACGUCGCUCACCGGCUGUUCGUCAAAACUCACAUUUCCCCGGCCCCCGAGCUUCACCGGAGCGGCUACUGGCAUGGCGGCGCCACGCGGGAGCCGACGCACGUUGGCUUGAAGCUACCGUACCGCGACGUCUUCAACGGUCUAGCGCAAUCCAUCGUCGAACUCUUCCUGAUACGCUUUAACUCCUUGGGGUGCUCUCCACGCGAGCAGACAACCCUUGUGGGGUUAAGCAAGUUGUUUUUCCAGAACCAAGCCCUGCCGUCGUUUGGCAUUUUUGCGCCGCCCAUCCCGCCCCAGAGCUUCACCGAUCAAAAAGUACAGCAGCUGAUUGAAGUCUGGUUCGCCACCCACCCCUUGUCAUUUGUCGUAUCCAAGACAUUGCUGCUUCAGUCUUAUCGCAAUGGCACCCAUGACUACGAGCUAUUGGCGUUGGUCCUUGCUGAGGCCAGCUUCAUCGUCGGCGAUCUGGAUGUGGCCUCCAUCGAGGCUUUUGUCGAAGCAGCCCGAGCCCGUGUGCUCGAACGCCCGUCUCUUUCGCUCUCAACCACGCAAGCCAUAGUCAUCUUGGGCUGGCAUGACUUCUGCCUCGAUCGCCCGCGCCAGGGCUACUGCUAUCUGGAAUUUGCGCGCAUGAUAGCGGCCCAAUGGCUUACCGACGCCCGUCAAGGAUCUCCAGGAGACUACCACCUGAACGGCGUCAACAUCAAGAAUGUGGAAACUGAGAUCUACCAGCGAAUCUACUGGAUCACCUCUUCCGUUGCGCUUUGGGUCUCGCUCCACCAGUCUUUCCCCAAUUUGGACGCCCUCUCCCCCAUCGACACCGCCCCUCUCCCUCCCCCCGACCUCUCGUCCUCGACCGUCUACUCCCUCGACGAGACCUCGGGCAACAUCGCCUCCCUGGUCGCCCAGAAGACGGGCGUCCGCGAGCUCUGGUCCCUCGCCCACCUCACAUCCACCAUCGCCCCCAUCUUCAAGCUGUGCCUCCAACACCGCCGCCGCAGCCACCGCCAUGACUCGUCCUCCAACUCCAGCCCAACAGGGCAGCAGCAGCAGCAGCAACAACAACAACAACAACAACACCCAUACUGGACGGUCCCCACGCCCCCACCCUCCGCCCCCGUCCCUGCCCCCCGCCCGCUCAUGACGACGCUCUCCCUCCGCACCCUCCUCGCCGACGCCCGCGCCCGCCUCCCCGCCCACCUCGACCACAGCAACCCGUCCCAGACCUUCACCUGCUCCGCCUACCAGCUCCUCGCCAUCCACGCCGGCUUUCCCUCGUCCGACCCCACGACGAUGUCUGACGACCAGCACCAGCACCAGCACCAGCAGAGCGGUGUCGGUGUCGCCGGCGGAGGUGUCGCCGGAAGCGGAGGUCCGGCACAUCAUCCGCCCGCGGUCCUGCAGGCCAUCCGCAUCUUCCUCGCGGCGACGCAGACGCUGCAGCGGCAGGCGGCGCUGCAGGACCUGUUCGGCGGGCGCGACCACGACGUGCGCACCGCGCCGUGGGUCGUGCUGGGGUUGGAUACGUGUGGGCGCGCGGUGGCGCGGAUGAGCGGUGGUGGUGGUGGGCGGCAGUUGCAGCACCAGUCGCAGCACCAGUCGCAGCACCAGUCGCAGCAGUCGCAACAGCAACAGCAAAAAACCGUUCAGGCGGCGUCGGAGCGCUUGUGGGAGGCGAGCGCGCAUCAGAAGCUGAGGAAUGAACCCGGGUUGGAUGUUGUGAGGGAGAGGCUGGCGAGGUUGGUGGGGAGGGAGGAGGAGCUGGUUAGGGAGCUUGAGCUGGAGCAGCGGCGGCGGGAGCGGCAGCAGCAGGAGCAGCGGCAGCAGCCGGCGCUUGAGCAACAGCAGUCGCCACCGCUGGGGCCGAGUGCGGGGUUGCCGGCGCAGCUUGGUGGUGGCGGUGGCGGCGGCGGCGGAGCGUUGUGGACGGGUGGUGUCGAGGGGUUGGAGGUGACGUGGUCGGGGAUGCCGGAUUUGAGCAAUUCGGCGGCGGAGUUGAUGGACGCAGAGGUGGAGACGUCGGGGGAGGGGUUCUAUGGAGGAUGGAAUCCGGUGAUGUACUGA